AUGGGGCUUUUCAAAGUGUUGGCCGCUGCUCUCGGCUUAAAGAAGACACAAGUUCGUAUUCUCGUUGUCGGAUUGGACAAUAGUGGCAAGACGUCGCUCGUUAAUCAUUUAAAGCCCAAGAACACUCAAGCACGUGAGGUUGUCCCUACUAUCGGUUUUCAAGUGGAAGAGUUCACCAAGUCCAAUUUAAAUUUUACCGUGUUUGACAUGUCUGGUCAAAGUCGAUAUCGGAGUUUGUGGGAAAAUUACUACAGCGACGUCCAAGCAAUUAUUUAUGUGCUAGAUUCUACCGACACUAUCCGCAUGUGUGUGGCUAAAGACGAGUUAGAGCAGCUAUUAGAGCAUAAGGAAUUGGUGUCUAAGAAAGUUCCGAUCCUCUUUUUUGCCAACAAAAUGGACUUGCCAAAUGCGUUUACACCUGUCGAAUGCAUGCAGCAUCUUGAACUUGACAAACUUGGGAGCAUAUCUUGGCACAUAACAGCAAGCAACGCUGUUACUGGUCGAGGCGUUGAAGACGGUAUUGAAUGGCUUGCUGAUCAAUUUGCGAAAGGAAAGUCUAGGAAAUAA